CAUCGCCGCGCGCCGUGUCCGGGAGUGACGCGCGCGCUCCGGCACCGCCAGCAUGGAGGAGGCGGGGGCUGCCCCCGCCCCGGCGCUCGCCGAGCUGCGGGCGGACGAAUGUUAUGCUGACUUCUUCAGAGAAGACUUUGAUGUGAAAGCUUACACUUCCCAGUCCAUCCAUCAGGCUGUGAUAGCUGAGCAACUGGCAAAACUUGCUCAAGGUAUUAGUCAGUUGGAUAAAGAACUGCAUUUACAAGUUGUUGCAAGACAUGAAGAUCUGUUGGCCCAAGCAACUGGAAUUGAAUCCCUGGAAGGUGUCCUCCAAAUGAUGCAAACUAGAAUUGGUGCUCUACAAAGCACUGUUGAUAGAAUUAGAGUCAAAAUUGUUGACCCCUACAACAAAAUAGUGUCUCGCACAGCUCAGCUAGCAAAACUUCAAGCUGCCUGUGACUUGCUGCGGAGGAUAAUACGCAUCUUGUAUCUCAGUAAGAGACUUCAAGGACAACUGCAAGGAGGAAGCAGAGAGAUAACAAAAGCUGCCCAGAGUCUCAAUGAACUUGAUUAUCUUUCUCAAGGGAUAGAUCUGUCUGGAAUUGAAGUAAUUGAAAAUGACCUGCUUUUUAUUGCAAGAGCUCGUCUUGAGGUGGAAAACCAGGCUAAAAGGUUGCUUGAGCAAGGUGUGGAGACUCAGAAUCCUACGCAAGUGGGAACUGCUCUUCAGGUUUUCCAUAAUCUUGGGACUUUGAAAGAUACCAUUGCUAAUGUGGUGGAUGGAUACUGCACAGUCCUGGAAGAGAACAUAAAAAAUGCUUUGGAUAUCAAAGUAUUGACCCAACCAUCUCAAACAGUCACAAGAGGUGGCCCUGGUAGAGCUGCUAUGCCAACACCUGGGAACACAGCAGCUUUUCGAGCAGCCCUCUGGACAAACAUGGAGAAACUCAUGGAUCAGAUCUGUGCUGCUUGCGGACAGGUGCAGCAUUUGCAGAAAGUAUUGGCAAAGAAAAGAGAUCCUGUGUCACAUGUCUGCUUCAUAGAGGAGAUAGUUAAGGAUGGCCAGUCUGAUAUUUUGUACAAAUUUUGGACUGCAGUAACCCAGACACUUUCCUCUCAGUUUCAGUCAGCAACAGACUCCUCUAUGUUUUUGAAACAAGCAUUUGAAGGAGAAUACCCUAAAUUACUGAGGCUUUAUAAUGACUUGUGGAAGCGCCUCCAACAAUACAGUCAAAAUGUUCAGAGGAAUUUUAACACAAGUGGAACUACUGAUCUUUUUGCUGAACUACAACAAAUGGAAGAAGAUGCACAGGACAUAUUCAUGCAAAAAAAUGAAGAUUAUGAUCCAGAAAAGGCCUUGAAAGAUUCACUGCAACAAUAUGAAGCUGCCUAUCUGUCAAAAUCCUUAUCUCGACUGUUUGACCCCAUCAAUCUUGUCUUCCCUCCUGGAGGUCGGAAUCCUCCCUCUUCUGACGAGCUUGACAGCAUCAUAAAAACUAUAGCUAGUGAGCUGAAUGUGGCUGCUGUUGAUCCAGACCUGAGUCUAGCUGUGGCCAAAAAUGUGGCGAAGACCGUUCAGCUUUACGGUGUAAAGUCUGAGCAGCUUCUGUCCACUCAAGGAGACGCCAGCCAGGUGAUUGGGCCACUGACAGAGGGCCAGAGGAGGAACGUGGCUGUAGUUAAUUCUCUGUACAAACUGCACCAGGCAGUUCUGAAGGUUAUUACCAGUCAGAGCUCAUUUCCAGCAGCUGCUGAGCAAACAGUCACAGCUGCCUUAAAGGCAGUCCAUGAUCUAAUGGGUAGUGCUGUUCAGCCGCUACUGAACUCUGUGGGAGAUUCAGUGGAAGCUAUUAUCAUCACCAUGCACCAGGAAGAUUUUUCUGGAUCAUUAUCCAGCUCAGGAAAACCAGAUGUCCCUUGUUCUCUCUACAUGAAAGAGCUUCAGGGUUUUAUAGCAAGAGUCAUGAGCGACUACUUCAGACAUUUUGAGUGUUUUGACUUUGUCUUUGAUAACACUGAAGCCAUGGCUCAAAGAGCAAUUGAACUUUUCAUUCGCAAUGCCAGUCUAAUAAGGCCCCUCGGUGAAGGUGGGAAGAUGCGCCUGGCAGCGGAUUUUGCACAGAUGGAGUUAGCAGUAGCACCACUGUGUCGGCGAGUCUCUGACUUAGGAAAAUCUUACAGACAGCUGAGGUCAUUCAGACCACUGCUGUUCCAGACCAGUGAGCAUAUUGCCAGUAGCCCAGCUCUGGGAGAGGUUAUUCCAUUCAGCAUUAUUCUUCAGUUCUUAUUUACAAGAGCACCACCAGAGCUAAAAUCACCCUUCCAGAGGGCUGAGUGGUCCAUUGCCCGCUACUCCCAGUGGCUCGAUGAUCAUCCAUCUGAAAAAGACAGGCUUGCUCUCAUACGUGGUGCACUGGAAGCUUAUGUUCAAUCAGUGAGAACAAGAGAGGGAAAGGAGUUUGCACCAGUCUAUCCCAUAAUGGUUCAGCUGCUGCAGAAAGCCAUGUCAACCCUUCAGUGAACACAGCUGGACAACGCUCUCAUACCAGGGAGUGGAUGGUAACAGGGCCGGGGGCUUUGGUGCCACAUCUGUAUUUACUGUUCAUGUAAAUUAUCCCCAAGUAUAUCAGCUUUACAAUGAAAUGUUUUCCUACUUCAUGUCUGAAACUUCUGUCUUCUUGCUUUAUGUUCACAUUACAGGAACUUACUUAGAAAUAUCGUAAGGAAAUUGUACAACUUUUAUGUGCUGUAAGUCUACAUCUAAUUGAAACAUUCUUAAGCAUUCCUUUUGAAUUUAGAAAAGUAUAAAAUUAGAACUCAAGUAUUACAGUGUAAUUGCUGAAUAUCUCAAAUAAGGAAGCAGCUCUUUUCCUACAAGUAUGGUUUUAAACAGUUGAAUACACUUUAGCCAUAUUCAGAAAACUACUUUUGAAACAUUUGAAUCAUCAGUUUCCAUCUAAAAAUCACUAAUUUUAACACAAGGAAAAAUAUUUAUAACUAACCUAAAUGAUUCUCUCUUGCACUAUUUGCUUAGAAAUAAUUUAUAUUGAUUUCAACUCUUUUUGCUUAAACUGUAAUAAAGAACAUUGACUAUCCAAUCCUGAAAA